AUGGCUUCGGGAUUACCAUCGACAAGAGGAGAAGGCAUAACGUUGGGUAUCGGUGCAAAUAAUUGCGAAUCAUCGUAUGGUAGUGUGCGCACACGAAUGGCUUGGUGCAUUAAUGCACCACUUCGCCAAGGAUGGAGCAAGAAGAUUGACAGGCCGGCUCUCUCCGAUCACAUUGCCCGCACCUUAUUCGACUCGUUGCAUCCCCACACUCACCACGAAGUAGUGGUUCCACCGAGCAGGAUACGUCGGUCCCGGCGUGCCGUCACCGCCGACACCUCAGCGCCGAUCCUCGUCCAGCAGUUACGACAGGAGCAACGCGGCGUUGGGACGGCGAGCAUUGGGACGCGCCUCGGAUGCGGAAUUCUCGGCAGUCUCGACACCAUAUCACCACGUCAUCGCCACGACGAACCAAUGUGGUCACUACUACUUCCACCGCUCGAAACGUUUGCACCCUCGCUCGACCGUCAUCCGUCACCGCGUGAUGACGCGCAUCACCGCAACGCUUGUCACGCACCCCCGAUUGUCAACUGACGCGCUCCCGCUGAGCUUCUGAUCGGUUCACCACGCAGGGAGAUGAGGAGUCACGAUGUCGCGACAGCGUGCAUGGUUUGCCAACGGAACGGAGCGAAAGCGAAGACCCACCCGCAACGGCAGCACGUGGCGCACUGACGGCUCCGCGGUCAUCUUCCCCACCUCUGCCCCCUCCAUCGUAGCGUUGUCUGCCCCUACUCGCUCCCCUCCCCGCGGCCCUGAACUGUCCCCACCACCACUCGCGAUUCUAGCGGGGCGCCGCGCCGUGCCGUGUUUCUCCCGUCCCCACCAUCGCCCAUUCCACCCACGCCCCCAUCCCACUCUUCGGAGUUCCCGAGAGUCUUUCUUCCUCGCGAGUCGCCCUUCUCGUCUUCUGUGGCGAUGUGUCUCGAGGCUGAUUUCUUUUUUUCUUUCUCCUUCUCCCUUUCGCUCUAUCUCAUUCUCUCUCUUCCCCAACCCUUCAAAUCUUUC